AUAUGUUUUAUCUUUCAGUGUACAUGCCAUUUAUCAUAUUUUAGACAAAGAAAAUUUACUUUCUACCGAAUUUGCUAUUUUCUGCGUUAAAAAAAUUACACGAUUUUGCUUUUAAGAGAAACGGUUAAAACAACAUAUGGGGAAACUGAGAUGAAAAAGAGUGACGUACUUCCUUAGAACAUUUGCAAUGAGAGAGCAACUACCCGAAUACGAUUGAUUUAUAUCGAGUGUAGCGAGAGACCAGAAAGGACGCUUUAAACAUUUCUCGCGUCACGAACAAUUCCUUCCGUCAAAGAUCCCUACACAUUGCGUAGGAAUGGGUGGAAGGACGAUAGAAGGAAAGAAGGGUAGGAGGACAGCGGUACUUCGUGAGGAUGCGCACCACGAUGAGCCGCUCUCUAUCACAGUUCGCACGCGACUCUCGCGUUGCAAGCAACGAAAUACUGCGAGACUCUCCUUUUCUCCGUUGCGUUUAUCGUUAAGCAACAAUCGGCGAUUCGCGGUGAUACAUCAACGACAUGAUGGGCGCAACUCUACUGACGGGAUAACUUAUAGAACUUAAUUGUUGUGCAAACAUCAAACCGCGCAAGUUUAAUACACCGGAGUUUCUAAACUUCGUUCCAAAUUGGAAAGUUAUGUCAUUUCACUUUGCAAUUAGUGCGCGCGAAGAUCGUGAAGGGAAAGACUCGAGGAGAGACUUGCCUAAGUGUCGCAAUUAACAAGGACGUUGAGUGAUCGCGGCAAGAAGCGUCCAAGUAAAUUAAAUGAAGUUCGUGAGAAUCUGAGAGACACUCCUUUCUGAUACUACAUCGAGUUCCUCUCCUCUCUCAUGAAUCUACUCCGUGAAUGGGUUAUUUCGACAUGAAGACAGCUUCAAAAAGUGGCAUUAAAAUGGAAUUGAUUGCCGCGCCGACGGAUUGAUGUGGGCUUAACACGACGCUUUGAGAUGUCGGACAACAGAAAUACGACGGCAUUCAAUUUGCCAGAGUGAACGAGAGCAAGGCGAAGCUUGAUGACGCGCGCGAAUCGGACAUUCCGCGUCCAUGAGUCGUACUGAAAGGGGAUGAAGAAAAACGGAAGCCCUCCGAUAUCACUGUAGCACGUAGUAUCCGCCCAGCGUUGGAGCAGCGUGAUAAGAUGGACGACGUAAUUUCCAUUAUGCUGGUCGUCAUUCUCGCGAUCGGCGGUUUGAUGAUGAUAACCGCGCUGCUGACCUGCUACGUGUGCAUUUUCCGGGAUUUGUGCUGCCGGCCAGAGGACAGGUUCAAACGACGGCGUCAGCAGAAUCAACAACGGGAGUACGACAAUCCUAAUCAAGGAAAAUCAGACGCGAUACCGUUGAACGACCUCACGCAAGGAGAGAGUAUGCCGACGGAAUCUGAGAAGUGUAAAAUAAGAAUAAGUUGAAACAGAAUAGAGUAGAUGAAGAGGAUAUUCAGGAGAAGAAGAGAACUGGGAUAUUCCUAAUGGAAAUUGCCAAAAGAAAUAUCGAUCAUAACAUGGGAUACAACGUUGAAGAUAUAUAUG